CGAUUUGGGGUUUUGCAAAGUACCUUAAAUAGUUUCACUACGAUCACCAUCCAACCGAAUGCUGAUCGAACGAUUAGGAAACAGCUAACGUUCAUUCCAUUUUUUUUGUUCCCUCUGUACAACAGUUUGUACAGCUGAAGUUUCUCAAAAUACACACCAACUAAACCUUCCUCAGCUUGUCUACGCGAGUCGAUCGCGGGAAAAAAAACAUCUGCAUUUAACAUCGAAACAGAUAACGGGAACAUCCGGACAUCGGGACAGCGAACGGAGUGCCGAAGAAGAGUGGAACGAUCACCCCGCCAAGGCAAGAUAGCUGACUGCGUGCGUGUGCCGAGCCAGAGAAGGGUGACUAGCUCCGGUGGAUCCACAGAACCGAACGAUUCGUGCGCGUGUGCAGUUGCGUGACCAUUACGUUCCAGCAGUGUCUGGUCGGCUUUUGUGUGCCCUGCUGAUAAGUGAAUUCUCAAAUCAAUCAGAGACAGGCGUAGAUAGGGGACGGUAAAGUGAUUCAGGUGUUUGCCGUGUAUAUCCUUCCAACGAAGCACAGCACAAUAUGUCGUCGAAGAGCAGCAGUGCCACCUCGAACGGGUCGACCACACCGAAGUAUGAUGCGCGCCUCUGCCAUGUGGUAAAGCGGCCCGAUUUCGACGGGUACGGGUUUAACCUGCACGCCGAAAAGGGUCGCCCGGGACAGUACAUCGGCAAGGUGGACGACGGAUCGCCGGCAGAAUCGGCCGGUCUGCGGCAGGGCGAUCGGAUCAUCGAAGUGAACGGUCAGAACAUCACGACCGAAACGCACAAAAAGGUGGUCGAACUGAUCAAAGCCGUCGCGAACGAAACCCGACUGCUCGUGAUCGAUCCGCGGGCGGAUGCGAAUGAUCUGAAAAUGGCACUGGCCAAGGCGGCAGCCGGUAUGGUUAGCAACGGUACCGCCAACAACAACAACACCACCACAAACGGUACGACCAAUGGACAUCAUGAAGCGAACGGUAUGAACGGUACAGGCAAGGAGAAUGGUCAGAAGAAAGAAUCAAAGGAAGGUGUAAGCGCUAAGAUGGAGGAAAAAUCACCCAAAUCCACCACUAACGGCAUGGCGACCGUUAACAAUAAUAACAACAAUAACAACAACAACAACCACAGUCACAGCAAUGGCAAUGGAACAACAAACACCACGCCCGAAUCGCCGGUGAUGGAGAAGAUCAUAGACGACACGAAAAAGGUCCUCACCGUGACGGAUGGUGCGGCUAUCGGUAAGAUGGCACUGAACGGUACUGUUCCACCUACGCCGACUAAUGGAACUACGGAUCCGAGCAAAACGACCCCCACCGAAGGCAAGAAGCUGAAUCUACCGAUGACGGCGGCGGAGAUGCGGGCACAGCUGGCCGCACGCAAGAAGUACGAUCCCAAGAGUGAGGUGUGCGAUCUGCGCAAAAAGUACGACAUCAUACAGAAAAUGUAAGCCGUGGUGCGACUCACUUGCCAGGAGUUGUGUUUUUUUUGUGUUUGGCAAAAGAUGUGUAACGCAGCUGUAACGCACAUUCAAGUUGCAAAGAAAAGAAAAUGAAAACUUCUAACGCAUAAAUGAUCCUCCGCAGUGUGUGUGUAGCAAUGGAUUAUGGUGAAAGUGAAAACGGCAAAGCUUCUUUCCGGGUUUUGCGGAUGUUGCCUAUUUGUCCCUUAUCUUGUAGAAUUGUUGCGAGGCAAUCCGUUGCCUGCCGGUUGGUCAGUUAACUGUAAACAUAAGUCGACCAAGCCAAGGGGAUGGUUGUUGCGGAUAUUUAUUCAGAAAAAGCUUCUCAUUUGUUUGGUACGAUCUUCUCUCGGCUACUCGAAUGAAUUUACAUCCCGACGUGUAUGCGCCUCUGAUCCGGUGUGGCGUAUCCAUUUCCUCACUAAGCCGUUUGAGCCGUAGAUGUUUUGUUUGUUUUUGGGGGAUAGGUUGAGGUGGGUAGUUGCCGACCGGUGUGUGAGUGUUAAUGUAGUUUGUACUUGACAGAGAAAGUACGCCGUACCGGAAGUGAUCAAUGUUAGGUUGAGUAAUGUGAUGUACGGGACACUCCGGAUAAGACGACGUACCGUUGAGUGUAGUUUGUUUGUUGUAGCAAGCAGUUAUCAUCGGCCAAGAUUGCACGGAUUGGUUGCGUUAAAUGGUGUUCUAAUUUAUAACUCUCCCCCGUCCUCAUUUGUGCUAUAGCAUUCCUGCUCAAGGUUCGAUUUAUGGCUUCCUAAUUGACCUUUGGCAAUGUUCCAUUGAAAAAAAAAAACUAUCAACAAACGAAAAUACGUAAACCACAUUUCGGGCAACGAGCAGACGUAGGACCGAUAAAGGAAUAGAAGCAAUAUCGUACCGUAUCAAUCGCUACAGUAAAUGUUGAAUAUGUCGGUUUUGCAACGCAGUUACCCGCUAUCACACACGUUUCGGGAACGUUGUCGUUGAACUGCCGCUGUGCGUGUGUGUGUCUGGUGUUGCGUGUUGGCCUGAUAACUUCGACACGUAAACCAUCCAACUAUAUCAGUACCUUCUUUGUGAUCGGAUCGAUAGAUAAGCACCAACGUUGACAAACACUCACUGUUCGAUGCUAGAUGUAGACGACAAAACAUAAAACGACAAACACUUUUGAGAGAUAGUGAGGAGAAAAUUAAUUGAUUGUGUAAAAUUGUGCAAAAAAAAAAGGAAACCUCAAAACGGGGAGUCGAUUUUCUCCACAACACAUUCUUUAGACAGGGGGAAGGUGGAUUGGUCAGUUAUUGGUGUUGUGAUAAGUGCACAACAUUAAGGUUAAGAACACUUUCCAAUAGAAAAAGAAACCUUUCCUUCGAUUAGUAUCGAAGGCAUAAAGAAACAUUCUUUCUCAACGUUGUAUAGUACAUCACAUUGCGAUAAAAAAAAACAAUAAUUAUUAGUUUAAAGUAACCGAAAUAAGCAAAAAAAACAUCACUCUAAAACAAGUUAAAAAAAAGAAUAGUGAACAAAAAACAAACACGUGUGCCAAAAUUCUUCACACUCGCUGCUCUUCCGUUACACAAAAACCUGGCUCAGAUUAAAACUGGCUUUUUACAGUCAAGUCUUUCCCCUCCGCCCCAAAACCAACGUAACCUACCUUCAGAUUGCGGUUUGUUAGUUUGCAUUUCGCUUGCAUUAUGAAGAUUACGUUUACGAGCAAUCGUUUAUGUGUAGUGUGUAGCCAUAGGAAAAAGAGGAAAGGAUCCUCUCCCGAACCAUUUCGCCAGAGUUGUGAAAUGCCCAAUAAUGUUAAGAAGCGGCGCACAGCUGUGCACAACCUGAUGGGCAGGAAUAAAAGGGAAUGGAAGUGUUAAAGGAAGGUGGAAAUUACAUUAAGCAGUACAGUAUAACAAACAUAUAAAAAGUGCAUCUUGUGGAGAUGCUUUUGCACCGAAUGCAAAGCUGUAAUAAGUAGAAUAAAGUAUUUAUGAUGUAAGAAGAA